AUGUUUUCUACUUUCUUUUACUUUCUUGUUUCUCUUCUUCUUUCUUUCUACCUUCUUUCUUUUUCUUUCUUCUUUCUCUUCUUCUUUCUUUAUUUCUUCUUUCUCUUCUUUUUUUCUUUCUUCUUUCUCUUCUUUCUUUAUUUUUUACCUUCUUUCUAUUUCUUUCUUCUUUCUCUUCUUUCUCUAUUUCUUCUUUCUCUUCUUUUUCUUUCUUUCUUCUUUCUUUAUUUCUUUUUACCUUCUUUAUUCUUCUUUCUCUUCUUCUUCCUUUAUUUCUUCUUUCUCUUCUUUUCUUUCUUUCUUCUUUCUUCUCUUCUUUCUUUAUUUCUUCUUUCUCUUCUUUUACUUCCUUUCUUCUUUCUCUUCUUUUUCUUCCUUUCUCUUAUUUCUUCCUUCUUUCUCUUCCUUUUAUUCCUUUCUUCUUUCUCUUCUUCUUUCUUUAUUUCUUCUUUCUCUUCUUUUUCUUUCUUCUUUCUUUCUUUCUUUCUUCUUUCUCUUUUUUCUUUCUUUCUUCUUUGUCUUCUUUCUUUCUUUCUUCUUUCUCUUCUUUUUCUUUCUUUUUUCUUUCUCUUCUUUCUUUUUUUCAUUUUACCUUCUUUUUCUCUCAUAUAUUUCUGUUUUCGUUUCUUCUAUAUUACUUUCUUUCUUUCUCUUUUCCUCCUUAUUGUUUCUUCCUUCUUUUCUUCCUUUUUAUUUUAUUUUCUUUUUUCUUUGCUUUUUUGUUUUUCUUUCUUUUUUCUUUACUUCUUCGUUGCUUUCUUUAAUUUCGUUGUUGAUUUCGUUCUUUUCCUUUUCUUCUUUAUUUCGUACUUUUUUCUUUUCUUCUUCAUUGCUUUCUUUCUUUUUUUCUUUUCUUCUUCAUUGCUUUCUUUCUUUUUUUCUUUUCCUCUUCAUUGCUUUCUUUCUUUUUUCUUUUCUUCUUCAUUGCAUUCUUUCUUUUUUCUUUUCUUCUUCAUUGCUUUCUUUCUUUUUUUCUUUUCCUCUUCAUUGCUUUAUUUCUUUUUUUCUUUUCUUCUUCAUUGCUUUCUUUCUUUUUUCUUUUCUUCUUCAUUGCUUUCUUUCUUUUUUUCUUUUCUUCUUCAUUGCUUUCUUUCUUUUUUCUUUUCUUCUUCAUUGCUUUCUUUUUUUUCUUUUCUUCUUCAUUGCUUUCUUCUUUUUCUUUUUUUCAUUUGCUUUAUUUCUUUUUCUUUUUCUUCUUCAUUGCUUUAUUUCUUUUUUUCUUUUCUUCUUCAUUGCUUUCUUUCUUUUUUCUUUUCUUCUUCGUUGCUUUUUUUUUUCUUCUUCAUUGCUUUCUUUCUUUUUUCUUUUCUUCUUCAUUGCUUUCUUUCUUUUUUCUUUUCUUCUUCAUUGCUUUCUUUCUUUUUUCUUUUCUUCUUCAUUGCUUUCUUUCUUUUUUCUUUUCUUCUUCAUUGCUUUCUUUCUUUUUUCUUUUCUUCUUCAUUGCUUUAUUUCUUUUUUUCUUUUCUUCUUCAUUGCUUUCUUUCUUUUUUCUUUUCUUCUUCGUUGCUUUUUUUCUUUUCUUCUUCAUUGCUUUCUUUCUUUUUUCUUUUCUUCUUCAUUGCUUUCUUUCUUUUUUCUUUUCUUCUUCAUUGCUUUCUUUCUUUUUUCUUUUCUUCUUCAUUGCUUUCUUUCUUUUUUUUUUCUUCUUCUUUCUUUUUCUUUCUUUUUCUUUUUCUUCUUCUUUUGCUUUUUUUUCUUUUUUCUUUUCUUCUUCAUUGCUUUCUUUCUUUUCUUUUCUUCUUCAUUGCUUUCUUUCUUUUUUUCUUCUUCAUUCUUUUUCUUUUUUUCUUUUCUUCUUCAUUGCUUUCUUUCUUUUUUCUUCUUUUUUUUUCUUUUUUUUCUUCUUUCUUUCUUUUUCUUUUCUUCUUCAUUGCUUUUUCUUUCUUUUUUUCUUUUUUCUUCUUCAUUGCUUUCUUUCUUUCUUUUUCUUUUCUUCUUCAUUGCUUUUUCUUUCUUUUUUUUCUUUUCUUCUUCAUUGCUUUCUUACUUUUUUCUUUUCUUCUUCAUUUGCUUUUUCUUUUUUCUUUUCUUCUUUUUGCUUUUUUUUCUUUUUUUCUUUUUCUUCUUGCUUUCUUUUUCUUUUUUCUUUUCUUCUUCAUUGCUUUCUUUCUUUUCUUUUCUUCUUUUUUGCUUUCUUUCUUUUUCUUUUCUUUUUCUUUCUUUUUUCUUUUCUUCUUUUGCUUUCUUUCUUUUCUUUUCUUCUCCAUUUUCAUUUCUUUUCUUUUCUUUUUCAUUGCAUUCUUUCUUUUUCUUUUUCUUCUUCUUUUUCUUUCUUUUUUUCUUUUUCUUUUCUUUUCUUCUUGCUUUCUUUUCUUUUUCUUUUCUUCUUCAUUGCUUUUUUCUUUUUCUUCUUCAUUGCUUUCUUUCUUUUUCUUUUCUUCUUCAUUUUUUUCUUUUUCUUUUUUUUCUUCUUUUUGCUUUCUUUUUCUUUCUUUUCUUUUUUUUUUUUUUCUUUCUUUUCUUCUUUUAGCUUUCAUUCUUUUUCUUUUCUUUUUGCUUUCUUUUUUUCUUUCUUUCUUUUUUCUUUUCGUUUUCUUUUUUUUUUCUUUUCUUCUUUGUUGCUUACUUUCUUUUUUCUUUUUUCUUCAUUUGCUUUCUUUCUUUUUUUUCAUUACUUUUUUUCUUAUAUUCGUUUUCUUCUUUUCUUUUUCUUCUUUUUGCUUUUUCUUUCUUUUUCUUCUUCUUUUUUUUCUUUUUUUUUCUUCUUUUGCUUUUUUACCGUUCUUAUGUUCUUUUCUUCUUUUUCUUUCUUUUUUCUUUCUUCUUUUUUCUUUUCCCCUUUCUAUCUUUUCUUUUUUUUUCUUUUAUUUUUUCUUCUUCUCUUUCUUUUCUUCUUUCUUUUUGCAUUCUUUUAUCUUUUUUUUUUUUCUUUAUUUCUUUUGUUCUAUCUAUCGAUCAGUUCAUUAUCUAUCUAUCUAUCUAUCUAUCUAUCUAUCUAUCUCAGUCUUCUUUCUGUUUAUCUCAUUCAUAAUCUAUCUAUCUAUCUAUCUAUCUAUCUCUAUUCAAUAUCUAUCUAUCUAUCUAUCUAUCUAUCUAUCUAUCUAUCUAUCUAUCUAUCUAUUUAGAUUUCGAUCUGUACUUUCUUUCUUUGUAUCCAUCUAUCGCGAUCUGUUCAUUAUCCAUCCUUCUUUCUUUCUUUCUUUCUUUCUAUCUAUCUAUCUAUCUAUCUAUCACGAUCUGUUCAUUGUCCAUCUUUCUUUCUUUCUUUCUAUCUAUCUAUCUAUCUAUCUAUCUAUCUAUCUAUCUAUCACGAUCUGUUCAUUGUCCAUCUUUCUUUCUUUUCUUUCCUCUAUAUAUCAUUCAUCUAUCUAUCUAUCUAUCUAUCCAUUCAUAUCAUCACGAUCUGUUCAUUGUCCAUCUUUCUAUUUCUUUCUUUCUUUCUUUCUUUCUUUUUUCUUUCAUCUAUCUAUCUAUCUAUCACGAUCUGUUCAUUGUCCAUCCUUCUUUCUUUUCUUUCUUUCUUUCUUUCUAUCUAUCCAUAUACACGGCUCCCAAUCCAACACUUUCAUUUCGAAAUUGUUUACAACGGAGCGCAAUUUCUUCCAUAUUUAUGGAGGACGGGAGGCCCGUAAAACUAUUACUACUACUACUAAUAAUAAUAAUAAUAUUUCUUCUUCUUCUUCUUCUUCUUCUUCUUCUUCUUCUUCUUCUUCUUCUUCUUCUUUUUAA